AUGACGAACCCCACGACCGAUAUAGCUAUCGUGAAUAACACGGGCUCGUCCGAGGCCUACGCGUAUAUCAACGGUCUCGACAUCAACAGUAACAAUGUGCCUCUAUUCAUCCAGGCUGAUGGCAAGACCGUGUACCGGCCCGCCAACCCCUCGGCAACCCAGACGGCCCUAACCGAGGACAUCGCCAUCCCUCUCGGCGCAGCUGGUUCCACAACCACGGUCACGAUCCCGCAGAUCGCGGGUGGUCGCAUCUGGUUCAGCACCGGUGGCACUAAGCUGACCUUCCUCGUGAACCCGGGUCCGGCGAUCGUUGAGCCUAGCGUGACCAACACGGCGGACCCCAACUACGCCAUCGACUGGGGCUUUGCCGAGUUCACAUACAACACCGAGCAGCUAUUCGUCAAUAUCAGCUACGUCGACUUCGUGCCCCCGAUCCCCGUCGCACUUCAGCUCGUCAACACCGCCGGCGCAACACAGACGGUGCAGGGCAUGCCGGCAAACGGCCUCGCGACCGUAGUCGACAAGCUGACGCAGCAGAACGCAAGCGACGGCGCCGGAUGGGACAAGUUGAUCGUCAAAUCAAGCGACGGCCGCGUGCUGCGCGCACUCAGCCCAAACAGUGCCCGCGUCGGCGACAACACGCUCUUCAACGGGUACUUCGACUCCUACAUCGACCAAGUAUGGAGCAAAUACACAUCCGCAGACCUAACAAUCGACACGCAAGCCUCAUGGGGCAAAGUGACCGGCCGGGUUCAAAACGACGCCAUCACAUUCGCCAACGUCGGCUCCUUCGCGCGGCCCUCCGCCGGCGACAUAUUCUCGUGCUCCACCGGUCCUUUCGGGAACUACCCGGCCGCGACAUCGGACGAGAUGGGCGCGCUAGGCGCCCGCAUCGCCGCCGCGUUCAACCGGUCGACGCUGAUGGCGAACGACCAGCAGCCCGACGGCGAGCAGGUCGCGAACUACUACAAGGCGAGCCCGACGAACCACUACGCGCGCAUCGUGCACGAGACGAAUAUCGAUAAUCGCGGGUACGCGUUCCCGUACGAUGAUGUGGUUCCGUCCGGCGCUACGCAGCCGGAUCCGGCGGGGACCGUGUUUGAUGGCAGUCCGAAACUGUUGACGGUUACGUUGGGCGGGCCGGCGAGUGAUGGCCCUGCGAAGGGGGGGGAUGGGAAGGAGAAGACGCCGGAUACGGGGAAUGGGGGUGGAGGGGACGGUGGGAGUGGGAGUGGGGUGUGGGAGAAGUUGAAGACGUGUGCGAAGACUGCGAAGGCUACGAAGGCUAAGACUAGGUCUAAGUAG